AUGAUUAUCUUAAUUUCGGAAGAACCUGGAAGGAGAUUAGCCAUUGUGUCCAACUCGUAUGCUCUUGUUCUUAAGCCGGUUGGGAAGAAACCAUCUGAUAAACCUCUUUGUGCUAUUGAACUUCUUCAAAAAAAUGAUCUGAAAAAACAUGGUUUCAAAAGACUUACAUCACAUGAGAUCUUUGGUGUCAUAGGGCUGAUUGAGGUCAACGGUCUGUUGUUUGUUGGCGCCAUUACCGGGAAAUCAAAAGUUGCACAGCCUAGUCCAGGAGAAACUGUGAACAAGAUUUUUGCUGUUGAUUUUUUUUGUUUGAAUGAUAACAGUUGGGAUUUCAUUGAAAUCGACUCCUCAGGUUAUCCCGUGCUUCCUGAGACCGCUUCCACGGAAUACCAAGAAGCUUUGUUAAAACAUCCGUGCUACGAAUUGAAAAAGCUGUUAUCCAAUGGGUCAUUUUACUACAGUUCGGAUUUUGAUUUAACGUCAACCUUACAACAUCGUGGGUAUGGGGAACACUCUUUGAGUACAGAUACCUAUGAAGAAGAAUAUAUGUGGAAUUCCUUCCUCAUGCAAGAAAUGAUAACUUACAGAGACCACUUGGAUACUAAUUUGAAACAAAUCUUGGAUGACGAAGGGUUUUUGACUACAGUAAUUCGUGGGUUUGCGGAAACAUUCGUCUCCUACGUUAGGAAAUUGAAGGUUGCCGUUACUAUUAUCUCGAAACAAAGCUGGAAGAGAGCAGGGACAAGAUUCAAUGCACGUGGGGUCGAUGAUGAGGCAAAUGUGGCCAAUUUCGUGGAAACAGAGUUUAUUAUGUACUCCAGCCAAUAUUGCUAUGCAUUUACACAAAUUAGAGGCAGUAUACCUGUGUUUUGGGAACAGGGUACGUCUCUAAUCAACCCAAGAGUCCAGAUUACGAGAUCAUUCGAGGCCACCCAACCAGUAUUUGACAAGCACAUCAUGAAGUCAUUAGAAAAGUACGGGCCUGUUCAUGUUGUAAAUUUGUUAUCAACAAAAUCUUCAGAAAUCGAACUUUCAAAACGUUACAAGGAGCAUUUGACUAAUUCAAAGAAACUGAAUUUCAACAAAGAUGUGUUCUUGACAGAAUUCGAUUUCCACAAGGAAACUUCUCAAGAGGGCUUUUCCGGUGUCAGGAAACUCAUUCCAUUACUAAUAGACUCUCUUCUAUCUUCUGGCUAUUAUUCUUAUGAUGUUAGGGAGAAAAAGAACAUCUCUGAACAACAUGGUAUAUUUAGAACCAAUUGUCUGGAUUGUUUAGAUAGAACAAAUUUAGCUCAGCAAGUCAUUUCUUUGGCUGCUCUCAAGACUUUUCUUGAAGAUUUCCGAUUAAUUAGUUCAAACUCUUUCAUCGAUGAUGAUGACUUCGUUUCCAAGCACAACACUCUCUGGGCUGAUCAUGGUGACCAGAUUUCCCAGAUAUAUACCGGUACAAAUGCUUUAAAAUCUUCCUUUUCAAGGAAAGGUAAAAUGUCACUUGCUGGGGCAUUAUCAGAUGCAACAAAAUCGGUCAGCAGAAUAUAUAUCAACAACUUUAUGGAUAAAGAAAAGCAGCAAAAUAUCGAUACGUUGCUAGGAAGGUUACCAUAUCAGAAAGCAGUACAACUAUAUGAUCCUGUAAAUGAAUACGUUAGUACCAAAUUACAAAGCAUGUCUGAUAAGUUUACAUCAACCUCCAAUAUUAACCUAUUAAUAGGAUCGUUCAACGUUAAUGGCGCGACCAAAAAAAUUGAUUUAUCAAAAUGGUUAUUUCCAAUUGGUGAAAAAUUUAAACCAGACAUUGUUGUUUUAGGUCUUCAAGAGGUUAUAGAAUUAUCUGCGGGUUCAAUUUUAAAUGCUGAUUAUUCGAAAAGCUCAUUUUGGGAGAACUUGGUGGGUGAUUGCUUGAAUCAAUACGACGAUAAAUAUUUGUUGUUGAGAGUAGAGCAAAUGACAUCUCUAUUGAUCUUGUUUUUUGUUAAAGCGGAUAAAGCCAAAUAUGUCAAGCAGGUUGAAGGUGCAACCAAAAAGACAGGUUUCAGGGGUAUGGCCGGUAACAAAGGUGCAGUAUCCAUAAGAUUUGAGUACGGUGCCACUUCAUUUUGUUUUAUAAACUCUCAUCUUGCAGCAGGUGCCACAAAUGUCGAAGAACGUCGUAGCGACUAUGAGAGCAUAGUUAGAGGCAUUACGUUUACAAGGACCAAGAUGAUUCCUCAUCAUGAUUCUAUCUUUUGGUUGGGUGACAUGAAUUAUAGAAUAAAUCUACCGAACGAAGACGUUAGGAGGGAGUUGAAUAAUCAAGAUGAAGGAUAUAUUGAGAGGUUGUUGCACUUCGAUCAACUUACUUUAGGAAUAAAUUCGGGCAGUGUAUUUGAAGGAUUCAAAGAACCAAGCUUGAAGUUCCGUCCAACAUACAAAUACGACCCAGGCACGGGGAUCUAUGACUCUUCUGAGAAGGAAAGGACGCCAUCAUGGACGGAUAGAAUUAUUUAUAAGGGAGAUAAUCUACUUCCCUUAUCCUAUUCAGAUGCUCCUAUGAUGAUCAGCGACCACCGACCAGUCUAUGCAGCAUAUAGAGCUAAAAUAACUUUCGUUGAUGAUAAGGAAAGACUGUCGCUAAAGAAGCGUUUAUUUACUGAAUACAAACAAGAACACCCAGAGGAACCGGGCUCCCUAAUAUCAGAACUUCUUAGCCUUGAUCUAGGAAAUAAGAGCACUGAUGAAUUUCAAAGUUCUUCCGAGACCUCUUUAUUAGAUAUCGAUUCGAUAUCGGCACAACCUGCGGCCUCGGGUACUGCCACACUAUCCCCCGUUUCUUCAGCCUCAGCUUCGCUACAGCCUCUCAGAACUCAAGACAACAAUCAAUCCCGUACUUCCGUUAAGAAACCAAUAUUACGUCCCCCACCCCCCCCUGCUCAUAAAUCUAUGUCACUUCCUACUCCUUGCACAGCAGAGGAAAAGUCACUGACACCACAGGCUUCAUUCGCCUCACUGAAAUCUGCGGGAAAUAGUAUCCAAGAAAAUAUACCAUUGGCACAGAAUAGAAGAAUUCCGCCACCUGGCUUUAGCCAAAAUAUUCUAACUCCAAAAAGUACUAGUAAUUUGGCAUCGCCUAUGUCCUCGAAGAUUGAUUUAUACAGCGCCGUGGCCGAAUCCGUGCAUUCACCCCAACCUACGAGACAACAGACACCUACAUCAUCAUUUUCAGCAUCGAUAGAUGCUGAUGACCAGCUUAAGGCUUUGCCAGCUAAUGAAACUCCUCUCGAAUCGGAGGAGAAAACUAAACUAAAUCAUAUGACUCUAGAUUCAUGGCAGCCACUGACACCAAAAUGA